CAUACAAAUCCCAUCUCAGGGCAGCAUACAAAUCCCAUCUCAGGGCAGCAUACAAAUCCCAUCUCAGGGCAGCAUACAAAUCCCAUCUCAGGGCAGCAUACAAAUCCCAUCUCAGGGCAGCAUACAAAUCCCAUCUCAGGACAGCAUACAAAUCCCAUCUCAGGGCAACAUACAAAUCCCAUCUCAGGGCAACAUACAAAUCCCAUCUCAGGGCAACAUACAAAUCCCAUCUCAGGGCAACAUACAAAUCCCAUCUCAGGGCAACAUACAAAUCCCAUCUCAGGGCAACAUACAAAUCCCAUCUCAGGGCAACAUACAAAUCCCAUCUCAGGGCAACAUACAAAUCCCAUCUCAGGGCAACAUACAAAUCCCAUCUCAGGGCAACAUGCAAAUCCCAUCUCAGGGCAACAUACAAAUCCCAUCUCAGGGCAACAUACAAAUCCCAUCUCAGGGCAACAUACAAAUCCCAUCUCAGGGCAACAUACAAAUCCCAUCUCAGGGCAACAUACAAAUCCCAUCUCAGGGCAACAUACAAAUCCCAUCUCAGGGCAACAUACAAAUCCCAUCUCAGGGCAACAUACAAAUCCCAUCUCAGGGCAACAUACAAAUCCCAUCUCAGGGCAACAUACAAAUCCCAUCUCAGGGCAACAUACAAAUCCCAUCUCAGGGCAACAUACAAAUCCCAUCUCAGGGCAACAUACAAAUCCCAUCUCAGGGCAACAUACAAAUCCCAUCUCAGGGCAACAUUCGGGGGAUAUCUUAA